AUGUUGAAAUUUGUGAUAGUUCCAGUGUUGAGCGUGGUAGGAGUGUUGUUAUGGCAAUUCAUCAACUGGGCUUGGGUGACGCCCAAGAGGAUCGAGAGGCUAUUCAGAAAACAAGGCAUGAAAGGCACCACAUACAAGCCUUUGUUAGGGGACAUGAAAGGAGUUGAUGAACUCUACAAGAAAGCUUUCUCCAAGCCCAUCGACCUUGCCGACGACAUCGUGCCUCGUCUCAUGCCCAACAUACUCGACACUAAGCCAUUCAAAGCGAAUAAUCCAAUAGCUAAGAUGCUAAUAAGCAAAGGGCUCGCUAACAUGGAAGGCGACGAAUGGUACAAAACCCGGUCUCAGCUCAACCCGGCUUUCCACACCACCAAUUUGAAGCCACUGGUGCCUAAGGUGCAAGUAUGCUGUGAGAACAUCCUAAAUGAAUGGCAGAAGAUUACGUCAGCGGGCGGUGGGUCUAACGUGAUCGACGUGAAAGAGCAUUUGGACAUUUACACAAGCUCGGUGUUGGCACAGUUGAUGUUUAACUCUCCAUACACAGGUCAGGUUAAAGAAACUUUCUUCAAACUCGUCGAGUUGGAAGGUUUGGGGAGACUCUCCGUUGAUCUCUUGAGUCUACCUGGACAAAAGUAUUUUCCUACCAAGAAGAACAUAGAGGCUCACAAAGUGAAUCGAUUCAUAGAAGACUCAUUCACGUCUAUGAUUAAUGAAAGGCUCGAAAAGAUGAGGAGAGGAGAACGAGACACGACUUCCAAGAAUCGGGACUUGUUGGAGAUAUUCAUGGAGGACUUGUACAAUGAUGAGCAAACCAAAGGCGGUGGGGAUCGUCGGAAAAUGAUUGAUGACAUCAUCGGACAAUGCAAGAUCUUUUUCUUCGCGGGUUUCGAGACCUCUUCCAAUACAACAUGUUGGACCAUGAUCAAUCUCGCAGUUUACAAAGACUGGCAAGAUCGAGCGCGGGAAGAGGUUAUGAGGGUGAUCGGAGACAAAAAAGAGAUCUCUGCCGACGACUUGAGUCAACUUAAAGUCAUAACAAUGAUCAUGAAUGAGGUGUUGCGUCUAUACCCGUCGAGUAUGGAGUUAUCAAGGCUUAUAGUGGAUGACACAAAGAUAGGAGAGUACAUGAUACCCAAAGGCACUCUCAUGACAUACCCCAUUCUACUGUUAAAUAGGAGUACCGAUUUGUGGGGAAAUGACGCCAAGGAGUUCAAGCCCGAGAGGUUUGCGGAUGGAGUUGCCACGGCAACCAAGAAGUACGGGUUGGGCAUGUUCAUGCCAUUCGGGUCCGGGCCCAGAAUUUGCAUCGGUCAAAAUAUGUCUGUCAUCGAGCUCAAGGUGUUCAUUGCUUUGCUCCUCAGGAAAUUCUCGAUAGACCUCUCCCCAAGUUAUAAGCACGGACCCAAGGUUGACUUCACCAUCCACCCACAGUACGGUGCCCCGCUCAUCCUCACAGAGCUCUAA